AUGUCACGCCUUAGAUCUAUCAAGGAGGUCACCUGGGCUCUAUUCUAUAUAUUCGAUAAUUUCAGGAGCAAGUCCACAAACAAGCAAGCGCAGGAGGUGGGAACGACGCUACGCAUCAACUUGUUUUUAUUAGUGUGGGGUCUACGUAGAAUUCAAAAACAAGUGAGUGCAGCCCAAGGUCGGCGAACCAUUAGGUACUUCAUAGUAAGGAUCAUACAAUGUUGUCUUCUUCAAUUACCCAUAGUACAGAAGCGCUAUGUUCUGGAACGCAACAAACAGAUUUCCAAUCAUAAGCAAGAGGAAAACUUUUGUAAAAUAAAUCAAUUCCUAAAGCUUUUUGGAAAGCGAGGGGCAGCAAAUUUUAUCAAAGGGGGCAGAUCGCAAAGAUUCCUAAUAUUGCACACGGAUCCUGCGAUUGCAGCUUUAAGAGUGUGUCAGUGUGAAUCAUCUGAGGCUCAAGGCCAUCCAAAGAAUUCCAAAGAGCUACAGGAUGUGACGAGAUGGCUAGGAGGUCAGCACUUUCCACCUACUGAGGAACUUCAAGACAAUGUCAAUGCUCAUUUAAGUUCGCUGGCGGCAACAUUUUAUCGGAAAGCUUGUCCACAGACUACCCACCAUUUGGCGAUAAUGGGAUUGGAAAAGGUGCGGUAUUUUCUUACAUCUUGGAAUACUGUAUUUUUUAAGAAACUAUUUGCUUUAAGGCUCCCUAGGACCCAGCGCGACCUUGAGAAUAGUAUCAAAAUGUGCGUUCCCGAGUCAGUCCAGAGGCGUGUCUUAAGUUCCCUUUCUGCUUCCACCAGUAAGCAAAAGAAGGGAAUUGUGAAUGUCAAAACAUCGGAAUUAGGCAGCACGGCGGCGAGACUGCUGUUUCCGAGUCCUCCUUUGAUACUAUAA